AAGUCUCUAGCAAUCACAAAAACAACUCACUGUUUCACACAGUCACACGGAUACACACUCACACGGACUGCACCGAAACGCAGCACCCAUCAUCUUAAGGUUUUGCUCUCUUGCAAUAUCCAUGGAUUUUGGAUUGUUCGUGAAUCACAGUCCAUCUGCUGUGGAGCCUCCAUCAGAGAUGUCGACUCAGAGCUGCUCUGAGAACAACCUGAAGUUUGUCUGUGAGUUUAAGCCUGUGCCUGGUCCACCACCGGGCGGUGAUGAGGGCUACAAUGCUGAUAUGGAUUGCGAGUCAGUGUCAGUCAUCCUCCCUGCACAGUGUAGCAUCUACCAGCUGAGGCUACGCAUCUGUAUGCAGGCCGAGGAAAAAAACUGUCAUCCAGAUCCACUUGCUAUACUUGACCCAGAGAGAUACACUCUGCUAUAUGCCAGGGGAGAUGAAUGGUACGAGGCCUACGAUGACUGUCAGGUUAUCAGGACGUUGGACAUUCUAUGGUUGCGUGAAGACACUGGGCACCUCUCUGCACAUAUAGUGGUAAAACCUGUGGUGGCAGUUGAUUCAGAGGAGAAGAAGAAACAGCAGCAGAGUCUGGCCUACCUGAUUGGACACAACCUGGAGAAAGAAGCGUCUGACCGACUUGGUGAGCUCACAUUCACCCGCAGGAAACUGGCAUCUCCGAGGAGACAAGAGCUAAGAAAUCGAGAUGACAAGUUGUAUGCCACCGAGCCUUGGGUAACAUGUGCCCCCAUUCCGUGUGACCUGCAGGAGCGAAUAAACAGGAAGAUUCCUGUCACCCUGCAUUACAUGAGCAAGAUCAGCUUCAGCAUUCAGGUGGAUUUUAGUGCAACCCCAGAUGUUCUUCUUGAAGUUCUCAGAAGGGUGUUGGCAGACCAGGGGCUUCAUGCUGAUACUUUUGAUAGACUGGUAUUAAAAGUCUCAGGCAGGGAGGAGUUUUUAUCAGGGCAUUACCAUCUCAGCGAUUUCCUCUGGGUUCGACAUUGCUUGAGGACCAAUCAAGACCUUCACCUCUCUGUCGUGCCUGACUCACAGCUUGUUGAGGAGACCGUCCAGUUUGUGGACUGGCCACUCGUUGAUGGUUUCAGUGGCCAGUUCAGCUCCCAUGAUGAUCUCUGCCUUGAAGGGAAGGAUCUGGAUGACAUCUUCAUGAUAUCUUUGUGGGACUGCAACAGAAAACUCAGAGUCAAGUUGCUUGGCUUUGACAUCCCAAAUCUUCCAAGCAAAUCCCCCCAGGCCGUUUAUGUCGAAGCUUCUAUUCUUUAUGGCAACAAGGUCCUCUCUUCAGUCUCGUCUGUUCCCAAGGCCUUCGCAGAUGAAGUACUGUGGAAUGAAUGGCUCAAUUUUGAUGUUCUCCUCAGGGAUCUGCCACGUGGAGCUAAGCUGGCUUUCACCAUUAAUGCAAGUGGGGGUGACAUCUCCCCAAUGACCAAAGACUCAGGGGAGGGGAAGCUGCUCUACUUUGUUAAUCUUCUCCUCAUAGAUCACAGGUCCCUCCUCAGCCAGGGCUCCUACACCCUGCACAUGUGGUCCUACCCUGGCCAGGAGGAAGAGGCCAUCACCUACAAGGCAGACAAACUGUCCUCUGCUACUAACCCUGACGUAGCAGACUCCAUGGCUAUCAGCUUCCUUCUAGACCGCUACAGCUUCCCCGUGGUUCUGCCAAAUAGCCUUGGUUCCCCUGAAUGUUCUGGCAGUCCCACCUCAGCCUGUUCCACUCUAACCAGCACAGACUCUUCCUCUCAGUAUUUGAAACCUCCUGAGGGCCCAUCAAGUGACACAGUGGCUCUCAGUUCCUCACCCCCAGUUGUCAGAACCAAAAGGCCUUCCCUAAAAAGGUUCCGGGAGGAGAGCAUCCGCUACGCGUCCAACCUACCCCUCUACCUGCGCAAUGUUGAUUGGAUGAACCGCAAGGUGGUUGAGGAUGUGCACUGGCUACUGGGAAACUGGGAUACUGAUGAGCUGGACGUUACACUGGCCCUGGAGCUGUUAAGCAUGGACUUUGCUGACGAGAGAGUCAGGAGACUUGCUGUCCAGAGACUGGAGAGCCUGUCCAAUGAUGAUGUAUUGAUGUAUCUGCUCCAGCUGGUGCAGACCCUUAAGGUGGAGCCUUACCACGACAGCUUCCUUGCUCGGUACCUCAUCCAAAGAGCUCUGCGGAGCAAGAGAAUCGGCCACUUCUUCUUCUGGUACGUCCGCAGCGAGGUGGCUGGGUGUCCUUACUUCCGCCAGCGCAUGUCAGUGAUUCUGGAGGCCUACCUGCUGGGCUGUGGCCAGGCCAUGCUCGACAGCUUCACCCAGCAGGUCCAAGCUGUGGAGGCUCUGCAGGAGGUCGCUUUAACGAUAAAGAGACUCUACCCUGACAAGACUGACCUCCCUCCUACAGCUCCCAUCAGGCUCCAAGAGCUUCUCAGGAACUGUAAUCUGCCAAAUGAAUUCCUGUUGCCCUUUGACCCCCGCAUCAAAGCUGGAAUGAUCCUGCUGGAUAAAUGCAAGGUGAUGGCCUCAAAGAAGAAGCCUCUGUGGCUGGAGUUCUCUCCCAUGCCGUCGCCCACCUCUGCUACACCUGUCGGAAUAAUCUUCAAACAAGGCGACGACCUCAGACAGGACAUGCUGGUCAUUCAGACAUUGAUGGUGAUGGACUCUAUCUGGCAGGAGAAAUCUCUGGACCUUAACCUUGUUCCAUAUGGCUGCAUCUCCACAGGACACAACAUAGGUAUGAUUGAGAUAGUGAGGAAUGCAGCGACCAUUGCUGCAGUGCAGAGGAGCCACAGAGGAACAGCUGGAGCUUUCAGAAAUGAUGCUCUGUUUGAGUGGCUCAAGUCCAAGUGUCCACUCCAGGAAAUUCACUAUGAGACUGUGGAGACGUUUGUGAAGUCUUGCGCUGGUUACUGUGUGGCCACUUAUGUAAUGGGUAUCGGAGAUCGACACAAUGACAACAUCAUGAUCACAGACCAAGGGAACUUGUUUCACAUCGACUUCGGUCACAUCCUGGGUAACAGGAAGCACUUCCUUGGUAUGAACAGGGAGCGUGCACCAUUUGUCCUCACACCUGACUUCCUGUAUGUCAUGGGCAGGGUCAAAGGUCGCAACAGCCUCUAUUUCCAACGGUUCAGGGACACUUGCACACAAGCCUACCUCUCCCUGCGCUCCCACUCUCGUCUGCUGGUCACUCUUUUCUCCCUCAUGCUGCUGACCGGCAUCCCAGAGCUGAGUGCCGCAGAGGACAUGCGCUACCUGCGGGAGGCGCUCCAGGAUGAACAGGGUGAGGCGGAGGCCAAGGAGCAUUUCCUCCAGCAGAUCUCUGAGUGUGAGAAGCUGGGCUGGACUGUACAGGCCAACUGGUGGAUCCACAUGGUGGCAGGCAUCAAAUGAUUGAUUUGUUCUGCUGUGGUAAAGCUCUGGAGGAGAUGAAAUACAUGUUUGAAUGUCUACAUGUAACACUGACUUUUACACUUUUUAUUUUUUGUAUCAUUGUCGUAUUUAUGUAUUUGUGUAGCAAGUUUAGGCUGUUUCUAUAUGCAUUUAUCUGGAGGAGGCUGUGUAGCAGCCAAUAAUAUAAUAACCACAGAUGACAUUAUAUCUGCCAAUAACGUAAUCAUUUUUCAGUUUUCAAUGUGAUAAAACCCGAUAAUGUAGUAACUUGCCAAUAACGUGAUAACAUUUCUGAACCAAUAAUAUAAUAACUUUUUGCCCAUAAUUUAAUAAUUGAUUGCAUUUGUUAUAUGAUAGGUAUUUGAAAGAGGAAAUAGUGAAUGUUAGUGUCAUGGAAGUGUGACACGAAUAACCAAAAAAAUUAAAGUAAUAAUGUAAUAACCUAUUAACGUAAUAACAAAAGUUAUUACGUUAUUGGUUUAGAAAUGUUAUUACAUUAUUGGCAUGUUACUACAUUAUCGGCUUUUAUUACAUAAAAAAUGGAAACAAAUUAUGUUAUUGGCAGCUAUUACAUUAUUGGCUGCUACAGGGUGGAAGAUAAUGUCAUGGAAACCAAUAACGUGAUAUUUGUUGCAUUGUAAAUCUAUGUAGUGUGCAGCUUCCUUUAUCCCUGAAAACUCAGAUAUAACUCCUGCCUUGUAAACCAAAGCAGCAACACCAAUGUAAGCAGCAUUACAUGCAUUUAAACUAACUUAAAGGAUCAGUGUGUAGGACUUAGUGGCAUCAAGUGGUGAGUUUGCAUAUUGUAGACAUCUGAAUAUGGCCUCUCAAGAUUUCUGUGUUGGGGUUGUCCGCUGUGGGCUACUAUAGAAACAAGGGGGUGCAACAUGGCAGACUCUGUGGAAGACUGUGGCAGACUGUCUAUUGGGAGCACUGGGACAUUUCCUGGCCUGAGGGGUUGUUUUGGCCAGCUGUAAUAAGUUGGGUUCACAUAUAGUACAGUAAUCAGAGUGUAGUCAGUGAUCAAUUUUCAAUAUUAGCCUCACACGUAGUUUGCUGUCUUUGUACAAAACAGAAAAAACACGUUGUCCUCCAAAACCUUGGGUGUCAAUAUGCUACCGCCUCCUUUUUUGGAGGUUUCGUCACACAGAAUAGGAUCAAGGUAGUGUGUUACUCCCUUGUUAGCAUUGUUAGCAAACAAACUUCUUCUUCUUUGACAAAACACCAGUCUAGACCUGGUCCAGAGGAGCCUAUGCAACGUACAGUGUGAGUAGUGAGGUCGUGUCAGACAAUCGGACCAAACAGCGUGAGCACAUAAGAGGAUUUACUCUACAACAACAAGGAAGAAUGAUCAUGGUCAAUGUUGCAGGUUGAGUUGCUAUGUCUACACUGGCAACCCAUUAAGAUUUCUUUAGAAUGUCAGAUAAAGCAAUUAUAAUAAAAAAGUAUUAUUAUUG